GAGGAUGAAAGCAUGAAAAUACGACAGCUGAAACUAGAGAAUCAGAGAGCUCUGCUAGAGAAGAAGCAGAGGAGGAAACGUCUUGAUCCUUUGAUGGUAAAGUCAAAUCCUGAGGCAAAGCUGCAUAGGUCAAAACCCAAAAGGUGUGAGGAGCAGACUCCGUUAGUAGAAACUCCUACCUCUUUCCACAGUGAUGUUGUGUUACACGGCAUAGAUGGACCAGCAGCUUUCCUGAAGUCUGAAGUGCAAAAUUUGGGGACCAAGCUCCAAACUCUUUCUGUUAGAUCUUCCAAAACAGAAGACAGUACAGAUGAGGAAAAUGAUGGAGAGGCUGUAACAGACACAGCAGGCAAGCCAGAUCUGCAAGAAAUCUUACAGAAACGAGGCAUUUCAGGCAGUUUGAAUUUUGAUGAGGAGGACACAGAAGAGGAAGAAGCUAGUAAGACACCAGCAUCUCAUUCGCCUGAAUCCGAGAGGCCUAGCUCUGCAACCAGCGAGAAAUCUUUUGCAGAAACAGGUGCUUCCUGUAGUCCAUCCACUCAGCCAGAUGCACAGCUGGGAGAAGUCGAGAACCUGGAGGAUUUUGCAUUACGCCCUGCACCCCGUGGUGUUACAGUCAAGUGUCGAAUCACUAGAGAUAAGAAGGGAAUGGACAGGGGCCUCUUCCCUACUUACUACAUGCAUCUUGAAAGGGAUGACAACAGAAAGACAUUCCUUCUUGCAGGGAGAAAACGAAAAAAGAGCAAAACAUCCAAUUACCUCAUAUCAGUUGACCCAACUGAUUUAUCCCGAGGAGGGGAAAGCUACAUUGGAAAACUCAGGUCAAACCUCAUGGGAACUAAAUUUACAGUCUAUAACCGUGGAUUUAGCCCACUCAAAGCACAAGAUCUUGUGGAAAAGGCUCAUACGAGGCAGGAGCUUGCAGCCAUUUGUUAUGAAACCAAUGUGUUAGGAUUCAAGGGUCCCAGAAAAAUGUCUGUGAUCAUUCCAGGAAUGAACAUGAAUAAUAAGCGAAUUCCAAUCCGUCCACGAAACGAACGUGAGAGUCUGCUGUCAAAAUGGCAAACCAAAAAUCUAGAGAACCUCAUUGAGCUGCACAACAAGGCUCCAGUCUGGAACGAUGAUACUCAAUCCUAUGUUUUGAACUUCCACGGGAGAGUCACUCAGGCCUCAGUGAAGAACUUCCAGAUUGUCCAUGACAAUGACCCUGACUACAUUGUGAUGCAGUUUGGUCGUGUAGCAGAAGAUGUGUUCACUCUGGACUAUAAUUAUCCUCUCUGUGCUCUUCAGGCCUUUGCUAUUGGACUCUCCAGCUUUGAUAGUAAAUUGGCCUGUGAAUAAGAGACUUGAAACAUGGAACUCGCUCCCAUCCCUGCAGCUUGUUGUAAGAGUUUCAGAUGGAGUAAUGAAAAGCACAUUGGGGAUGGAAGGGAACUGGAGGACAGACCUCUGCAGGCUUACUAGAAAGCAGUUACCUGGCCUCAGAGCAUUAUGGUAUUUGCCAGCAGACCAUCUUAGGGGACUGUACCAAGACUGAGCAGUCUCUGUAUGCAUUGUGAAAGAGCAAGGAAUAUGGGUG